GUGUUCACGGGGACUAUAAAUGCGUGGUGUUUUCCGACCUUAGCAGCAAUCAGCACAGAAACAGUGAACCACUCACAACAAAAAUAAAGAACAUCUUGCUUCUGCUUAGCAGCAAUAACGACAAUCUUUAACUUUAAAACCAACAUUCUAUACAGAUACGUUUUCUACUCUGACCAAGACGUAGAAGAAUAAGAAGGAAUUUCUUUAUUUCAACGAGAGGGCUUUGUAAAAUUUCAAAUCAUUCGUGAAGAACUUAAGAAACAAAAACUUUCUGUGAUUAAACCUUCAUAACAGCGACCAACAGACUGUGCUGAAGAAUCAAACAAGACAGUGCAAGAAGACGAUCGUUAUAUUCUGAGACUACUACUGUAAAAAAAAAAGUCCAGUAAAACAUUGUAAAAAUAAAAAAGAUGAACAUCACACAGUUCCUGAAGAAAAACAUGGCGAUCCAAGUGCUAGCAGUGCUCACUGUACAAUUGUUUUUCUGUGAGGCCAAACCUCACAUCAUCGGGGGUUCUGUCAAUCUGGCUUUGUCAGAGGACGACGGACACAACUCCAGGUUUGGCGCUCUCAAACCUCCCAGAUGGCUCAACUCAAUCAUGUCUUCUUCCGCCCUCCGAAGUGUUGACGAACACAACAACGUGAUUUCCUCCUCCAUUUCUUCCGUCGUCGAUUCAUCUUCAGACGAUGUCUUUAGCCGUAUCCGAUCCCCCGGAGAACCUCUGGGUCCAAUCUUCCUCCACAGCGAAGACCCGUCUACCUCCUCCUCCUCACUCGUCCACACGUUGUCAGAUUUGAACCCCUUCCUCCGCGCCAAACGUGAUGUCGACGCCAGCUGCCCGCUCCCAGAAGACAUGCCCCAGCAAGUGAGAGACCUCAACGACUUCCUGGAAGCUGACCAGUUUAUCGGACUGGAACCCGAACAGCCUGAGGUUGAAGCUAUCCCGACAGACCAGCCCCCAGCUGACCAGUGUCCAGCCUCUAGCGGCUCCUGGUGGCCAAGACGAGAGUUGAACCUCCGCUCUACCUGCCCGUGGAUUUACGUGCAGAAAGACAACGGAGCCGACGUCUACCCAAGAUAUGUUCGCGAGGCGAAAUGUCUGUGCCACGAAUGUCUGAAAAGUACCUCAAUGAGCUGCCAAAGACUGGAGGUAAACGCUACAGUUUUCAGACGCGUGGGUUGUAAGGAUGGGGUCGCCCUCAUGAACAAGGAACAGAUUCUGGUCAAAGUGGGAUGCUACUGCGCAAGCCCAAUCAACGGUUCCGGCCCAGUCAUCGAUACCUCUGACGUCCCUUGGAGCUAAACACAAGGUUUGAACCUGUGUCUUCCAGAACGAAAACCGGCGAGUAACGCCUGAGAUUCGAUGAUGUUUUCCUCUUGAUGAGAAGCUACAAUGGUAAAAGUGUGAACGAUCUGAUGUUCUAUUCUAUCUAUCUAUCUAUCUAUCUAUCUAUCUAUCUAUCUAUCUAUCUAUCUAUCUAGCUAUCUAUCUAUCUAUCUAUCUAUCUUUCCCAACAGCUAUAUCUCUGCAUAAUCUGCCACUCACCCCAUCCUUACUCCUAACCCUGUCUUCAUUCUGGUAUGCUUCAACAUUCUAUGUAUCUAUUUACUUGCACUAUCUCCCUUAAUCUUUUUAAUCUUUUCUUUUUUCCAAUCUUCGCUCACAUAUUGUAGUCUCAUCAAGAUAAUUCGUAGAUCAAAUUGAUCUAAAAUUAGCACACAACGUGUGCCCUAUGUGUUUAUUAUUUUACAUGUAAGCUUGUUUCGUUUUUCACUUUUUGUACAAAGAGUAUUACUUUUUUUCAACCAGACUAUUCAAGCUCAAUACAUUCCUCCCUAAACUAAUUUUUCAAAAGCAAAGUAAUCAGUGAAACGGACAAUAUUCCAUUCACUUCAAGUAAUGUCAAUAAUAUCGUCCUGCGGUUGUAACAUCUGAAGUAAAUAACUUUCAUUUCGAAGGACAGGUUUAGUUUGGAUAAAAACACAUUGAAAACUAAGAUUGUGUAACAAAAAGCAUCUUUCUUUUUCUCCUAGACAUGCUUUGUUCAUGAAAUGAGAAAUGUUUCGAGACAAACUUUUGACAUCAAACAGCCAUAAAAAAUUUGUGACGACUUUAAGAUAGAAAAUGUUCAAUUAAAGCUAUAAAUAUUUACAUGUUAUUAAGUUGUAUAUAAAACGAUUUAUGCUAGUGUGAUUUUGUGAUAUUAUGUUUACCUUAUUUGUCAUAUUAUUUCAUACAAAACUUUGUUAGAAACCACACACGUGUGUUCAGAGAUAAGAAUAUCUUGCUCGCUCUUUAUCGCACAUUUUGAUGUUUAUCUCAUAUUGUACUUAAUGGAUAUUUGUACGAAUUUUUAAAAACUGUUUUUGCCUUCCUUAGAAUUUAAGGACAAAGGGGUGAUUCCUAAUAACACUCAUAAUAUUUUAUUUGUGACUGUUCCGCCCUCACAUCUUUGAGCACUGCCUCAUCUGAUUUCUCUUCCCUUUACACGAAACUCCAAACAAAACAGUAUUACCUUGACUUGUUCAUAUGUAUUUUGAAACAUAUUAAGCUAGGUUUGUCAUAAGAACAGACUAAGCCUUCCCUGUCAAACAGAGCACCCGGCUGGAGCAUAAAAUACCGGAGAUAGAACUACAUCACUGUAGAUACUGUACAAAAUGUGAUGUAUUCAGUCGGGUGCUUUUUACAAUAUACAUGUGUUACACUUAACUAAUGUUAUAUUAUGGACGUAAGUUCAUUGAAUGAAUAACCAAGACCCUUAUUAUUUAAAAGAUAAAAGUGAAAUGUGUCUUUGAGUGUGCAGAAGUGUGUAAUGCUGUGUCUGUUUGUGAGAGCAUGAGCUUAUAACAUUGAACUUAAUAUAUAUAAAUUAUGUAAAUACUGUGUUGAUAAUCAUGGAGGUUAACCUGUCUCUGACGGUGAAGAGCUUUAAACAUGUCCCGUCAUGUCAUGACAUUGUGUUCAGUAUUGCCAAGUUGCCAUAUCCAAAGUCAAACGAUUACUUAAAACGUAUUUGUCUCUUCGAAAAUAUAUUAUUACAUUGUUUCAGUAUUCUAGUAUUUUGGCGUUCCAUAAACGCUACGUCUAAGGAAAUCCGUACUGCCACUGAAUAGAAUACUUCAUAUUUAUUGUAUUCCCAAUGCCUUUUCAAGAAAAGUAUUUGCUGUUUUAUCCAAUAAUGUUUAUUUAUUCGAAUUGCCUUUUCUAUGAUAUUUCUAUGUAAAUCCUAUCUGUUAAACUUGUAUUGAAUUGUCUAUUUGCAGCAAAAAACUUGCUAAAAUGUUAUUUAUUUGACUUUGCCUCAUAUAAUGAGUUUUUGAAAUAAAAUAUUUAAAAUUGAUAAAACGUGA